AUGGGGAGAUCGUCACCUCCAUUCCUUUACGAUCGUCCGGCUGCGUAUAGCUUCCGUGGACCGACCGACAAGGCCUUCAACCCGAAGGCAGCGACCGAGGCGAGCUGGACACGUCCAGCUCCAAAACCCAGACCAACAGGGCCAUUGGUGAAUGUGAAUCGCCACCCAGAUACGUGGGGUUCCUUUAAUACGGUCAGUUCAUGGACUCCGAUGAGCCCCUACACUAAGGAUCGCGUCAAGUGGGCACGGAUAGCUCAACUCACAUUACGUGUCGCUACUCUCCUGGGAGCACUUGGGUCCCUGUUCUGUUCAAUUGUUAUCACUGGCGCUGCGACGACGGUUAUUUGGAUCAUUCGCGUAGGCCCAAUUGUGUCCAUCCUUCACACCAUAUAUGGUAUCUGUCACCAUGCUCGUUCUCCCAUUACUCGACCUUCCGGCUCUCAGGCCGCAUAUGGGCUGUUCGCUUCAACCCUGGACUUGGGACUCAUCGCAUUCUACGUGUUUACCGCAUUCAUCGCAUAUGGCGAGUGGACAUCUAACGCAUACCACUGGGGCACCAUGUUCAAAAAUAGCGACAUCACCGUCAAGUUGUCCGAGACCACCUUCAUUCUGGCUCUUGCAAAUGGUGGACUCCACUUCAUCUCACUCUUCAUCUGUAUCUUCUUUGCAAUCACCUUCCGCAAGAUCUCUCGUCUCCCGCCUGAUAUGAACCCACUCGAAGAUAACCUGACAGCGCGCCCCCGAAAGAGCAAGAGUAACCGUGAGAAGACGGACGAAGAUGAGAAGCAUCUCAGUCAAUCUACCUUCAAUUCCUCCAUGGAGGAUCCACUCAUUGGGCGUCCUCGUAGCAUGCCAUUUAUGCACACACGUGAACAAUCCCUUGGUGCCGACUCCAACUACGAAGGAAUGGAUAUGAUGAAUGACCACCGACAGUCGCAGCCCUCGUUAUAUCAACACCGUCUUUCUCACCUUGAAUCCCCCAUAGAGCCUCAUUCGGAUCCCUCAAGCCCGGAGAUGCUGUUUCACCAAAGCGAAAGCCAGCCAUAUGAUAUUACAUCCCCGACGCCCCCACCGGCUCCAGAAUACCGAAAUGUUGCCUCUCAUUCCCCGGAAGUGAUUGAUGCUACUAUUCAGAUGCGUCAUUUGUCAUCCCGAACUGCCGAUAGAUCGGACACUGUCAGUCCUUUAUCUGACAAUUGGGUAGCAUACUCCGAACGCACUCAAUCCCCGAUGAGCGAAGCUCCCCACGAGAACGAAAAUACACUGCGCCAGUCCUCAUCUGUUUAUAGCCGGCGCAGUAACACAUCCACCGGUAGCGGAAUUCGUGACUGGUUCGCUUAUGGUUCCAAGCCUGCUCCCAGCGUUGGAAGUGCUAUCCCGGAAGAUGUUCGAGGGGAGUAUGCAUCCCUCACUACGCAUGAAUACUACGGCAAUGAUGACAACCAGCGUGAGCUGGAUGUCGGUGACCAGCGCAUGGAUAUCUUCCCUGACCCCGAGGAGCACAGUGAUCCUAUGGAUGAUGAGCGUAGUGGCUCUAUUCCAUUCAACCCUCUCAUGCUCAACCCGCCCACUCCGCAGCCGAUUUUGUCCCAGAAGCCCGAGGACACUGAUCCCGUGAGACGCAUUGUUUUGAGCGACAAUCCUAACAUAUCCUACAACGAAAAGGCCCAGCCAGUCACUGUCUCCCCCAAGACCCCUGGAUCUCCUCCGCCCCCCAGAUUCUACGGUGAAUUGGAUGUUCCUGGCAAGCCCGGACUGGAUACCGCCCGCGAACCCAGCUAUGAAGUUGCCAGGAAACCGACCAAGCUUACAAAGAAACGCACCAAUAAGUUGUCCGCUUAUGAAGCCCUCAAGAAAGAUGAUGAUAGCGAAGAUGCAUAUGUACCCAGAGCCCUCAACGCCGCCGAAGGUGACCGUCAAGGCCGUGUCGUCAGCAACUCCGGCGCGGAUACUGCCAGACCAAGCAUUGCAGCUGGCGUGGGUGCCUCUCUUUCCUCAUAUGGAAGCUAUAUUGCAGGUCUGGGCGUUGGUCGCCGCCGCGACGUCAGCGGCAAGGUCGCUGAAGAAGGUCGCAGUGAGCCCAUCCUGGAGGAUGCGCCCCCUGUUCCCCAGCAUCAAACCCCCAGCGCAUCCCCAGCCCGGGCAGCUGGCUGGGCCCGCUUUGCCGGACUUUGA